UUACAGUCCAUAGACUGUUCCAGAGGAGGGCAGUAAUGUGGAGGCUGUGUUUUGUUUAUUCAAAUACUUAACCCUAGUGGUCAGACACUGUUACUGAGCCUCUCCGUUUUGCUUGCAGCUUCAGCUAACUGCAGCCAAUUUAAAGCUACUUCUCAUUCGAUAAAUGCUAACAACGCUUCAAGCUAAUUCUGUGCUCAUACCUCUGAGAAAACCACGUUUUAGUGUUUUAUGAUGCGCUGAUUUGAUUCAACGUUACGUCGUUCAUGCCUGCGACAGGUUAGGUGAACUUUGACACACUGACGAGUUCGCUGAGACUUUGCAAGUAAGUUAAGUUUCAGGGUAAUUAGCACGCUUUACUUUACAUUUUAUUAAAGCAAAGUGUUCCUGAACGAAAGUAAGAGCCACUGACGCUGCAGACCCGAAGAUGACGUCCAAGAGAGUGAUCGAGUUGUUCUACGAUGUGGUUUCCCCGUACUCUUGGCUCGGCUUCGAGCUUUGUGUUUACAGGUAAUGUGUCGCUACAGACACGUGUGGAAUAUAGAGCUCAAACUGCGUCCUGCGUUUCUGGGUGGCGUCAUGCAAGGAUCAGGCAACAAGCCCCCUGGUAUGGUUCCAAAUAAAUUCCUGUACAUGAGCAAGGAUCUGAACCGCUUGGCCGAGUAUUUUGAUGUUCCCUUGCAGACUCCAUCUGACCCCUUUGACGUCAUGUUCAAAAAAGGCUCCUUGACUGCAAUGCGUUUUAUAGCUGCAGUACAAGAGAUGGAGAAGGGUGGAGACAAGCAGGUGGAGCAGGUGUCCCGGGAGCUGUGGAGAAGGAUCUGGAGUGAGGACAAAGACAUCACUGAACCUGCAUCAUUAGCUGAGGCAGCGAUGAAAGCAGGAUUGUCUGACAGUGAGAUUAAAGAAGUGUUUGAGCUGUCCACCUCAAAAGAGAUCAAAGACAAGCUGACAAGCACAACACAGGAUGCACUUGAUCAUGGGGCAUUUGGCUUCCCCCUGAUGGUGUGUCAUGUAAGUGGAAAGCCAGAGAUGUUUUUUGGAUCUGACCGAUUUGAGCUCAUGGCCCAUUGCAUUGGGGAGAAGUGGCUGGGACCUCAACCCGACAAAUCGGCUGCCAAACUGUGAAAGAAAAAGCUGCCCUGGGUGCUCACACAUUUUUGAAUUUGGCAUCUCAUGUUAAUGAUGUCUAAUGCUGAUAUUCCCUAGUUCUUCAAAUUUCAUUUUUUCUAUACUGUGCCUUCUGAAACCAAGCAGUAUAUGUUGCCAUUAUAACUUAAAGAAAUAGUUGUGUAAAAAAUGUGACAGACUAUUGUACUGCUAAUUAUGUGUCUAAUUAAAAUGAACACUAACAACUUGCAUAUUAA